AUGCGCGGAUCGAACGACCGCGUGGAGGUGUUCAAGCUGUCGGAGAACCUCUGGUUCGCCGGAACCGCGCACCUGCCGCCGUUUGAAAACACUGGCGACGGUGGAGCCUCCAAUGACGGAAAUAACAGCGGGAACCACGGCGAAAUCGAUAACAGCGGAGGCGACUCGACUUCGGGCGCGGGGUUCGCGGAUGGCCCGCGCGAUUCCAUGGAGUCGCGCAAGGAGGAGCUGCUUGCGCGGCUCCGUGGCGGCGGAAUGGAAGCCGCAAACGCCGGCGGCGCUCGAGGGAGCUCUGCGUCUGCGCGCGCCGCAGCCCCUGCGAGCGCGCCGGCUCCCGCUGUGGAUCCUCUGGAGCAACAGACGCUCCGUACUUCCCCUCCUGACGUGGCUCUGUGUGUGGGCAAUGGAUACAUCCUUCACACCGUCAAUGUUGGUAAGCACUUCUUUCACCUGCUUCCUCUUGCAUUCACUGCCGCACUGCUCCCGAUGGUUGUGUAUGACAAGCAGGGGAAGCAGCUCACUCACUUGCAUCUCCCUCCCUAUUCUCACUCGAUUCGUUUUGACCGCUUUCUCCUCCCCCACCUAUUCCCCCUAUCCCCCCACCCUAUUCGCCCCCCUGGCAGCGAUGGUUGUUUUUUCGGGGUGCUGCUGCCAGUGGUGGAGUGGAGGGACCUGUUCGACGACGCCAUUCCACCAUGCAACCAUUACCCAUCCGCCGCUCCGUCCACACUCCCCACGCCAGUUCUUUGGGGUGGAGCCAACAACACGUAUGACAAGUUUGGGCAGACGAGGAGGCGAGGCAACAAGACAGUAGGCUCGGGGCUGAUAGUGGCAGCGACAACCACGGACGACCCCACCCGGGACUGGAACGUCUUCUUCAUUCCCGGCUCCUUCUUCUUUCCGCUCUUUCCUUUCCACUCCCCCACUCCCAGCAACGACGGCAUCAACUCCAAUCCCGACUGGAGGGCGCCUCUCCACUUCAACUCGUCUCGCCUCACCAUGUUUUGUAUGCUGGCUCAUGUCGCGUGUGAGGGUGUGGAUGAUGUGGACUACCCUCAGAUCGGCACUGAUGCCUAUGUGGACUACCCUCAGAUCGGCACUGAUGCCUAUGCUUGGCAGAUGAACAGCACAAUCAAGCCCAUUGGCCCUUCGUUUGUAGACAUGCGGGGAGUGGUGGUGAAUCCGGGGAGCAGGCGCAUGUGGGUGACGUUUAUGUCCGCCUUUGGCAAGGACAUGAGUGCUUCUGCCGUGGUCGCGAGGCUUCGCUUGUCUCUGAGGCUCAAGCGCAAGUGGCGGCCGUUUCGGGUGUUUUUGGAGCGGUUCAAAGUAGUGGGGGUGGGCGGAGGGAACAGCCUCAUUCAGCCCACGAUCGCUCUCAACAGCCACGGCGUUGGCAUCAUAGCAGUGUCACUAGCUGGGCGAUCCUUCUACCCCUCAGCUGCCUAUGCCACUCUCAACGCCAAUGUGGAUAUCGGCCGAAUCGUCGUUACCGGCCCAGGGAAAGCACCUCUUGAUGACUUCACUGGGUACCGCGGUGCAACAGAGAUGAGGUAUGGCGACUACAUGACAGCGACGGUGGACGAGGAGGGCAACGCGUGGGCGGCAGUGCAGUAUGUGGCGGGGCAGCCGCGCACCGAGUGGAGCAACUGGGCUACCUUCGUCUUCAAAGUCGAUCUGAAUGGGGGGGAGGACGGGGGGAACGGGGAGGAGGAUAAGGGGGGGAAUGGGGUCAGCGAGGGGAAUGGCGAUCACGAGGAGAAGUAG